AUGGUGGCAUGGGGUUGGCGGGGCAGGCUGGUGUCCCGGGGAGCGCUGCUCGCACUCUGCCACAGUGACUUCACUUCCUGGCGGGUCGAGGCCGGCGAGGAAGGGAAUGGCCUGUGCUGGUACAACAGUGACAGGACCUACCUUCGCUGCUGCAUUGGUGAAGAUCCUGACUGCUGGCAGGGAAUUUGGAUUACCAGGGAGCUGUGCUGCUAUUCCUUGACAGAGCAAUCACAGAGAUGUUUCGACUCGAUUGAGGAGAAAGUCGAGGCCAAGAUAAAAGCUCUGCGAGAUUUCCAAGCACAGGCCGAGGACGCAGAACUUGAUGAUCAGGUCCAGGCCUUGCGAGUGCACAUGCUACCAUACGAAGCGAUGCUGGCCCAGCCCAUGGGGAUGUGGUCUUUCGCCUGCAGCGUUCCAGACUCUCCCCUUUUGUGGAGCCGUUUCUGCGACUGCUGCGAUCCUGCUGAAAGCCAGUGUGAGGAAGAUGGAGGCCGCCCAAGCGAGGAAGACAUCCGGUUGCAACAUGCUAGAUGCUGCUUCCCUGUCUAUGCACGCAAGACCUUGAGUGUUAUUGCUGAAGUUGACCAAAUUAUUGAUGGAGACUUGCAGUCACUGCGACCGGAGCCAGAAAUCGUUCGAAUAGAUGGACCAAAGCUUUUCUGGAACAUGGGUGGCACUCAACUUGCCAGAGGUUGUGUGAUUUCGGUCCAUCAGAACACAACGGUCUCAUCAUGUGCCGAGAGCCAUGCCUGUCGUGAUUUUGACUGCUCAUAUCUUCGUGCAGUUCUGAUGGCUUUGCAGGUCAUACAAGCCAUCAAUCCACUUCCUGCCUUGGCCUUCGUCUUGAAUGCUGGUGACGAGACAGUUGAAAACACCCUAUCCGAGGCUCCAGUCUUCACUCGCACCGGAACUCGCUGGACAAAUACCUUGGCACUACCCUUCGAGUGGCAAAUGCACCCGGGGCAGUGUGGUAAAAAGCUGAAGGAGGGGAUGCUGGCUUUGGAACGGAGCAGGUGGGAGGAUCGCAGAUCUGUCCUAAUCUGGAGGGGCACUCACUCAAACUUGUGGGUUCCGGAUUGCAAGGCUGCGCACGCAGCAAGAGACGAUGCGAUGAUGGAGAGGUGUGUGGUUUUGCCGCCUGGCAAACUGCGGGAAGGUGUCUGGAAUUUCAGCACAUGGCUCCAGCUACCGCGUGGGCGCUUGCUUUGGCUUAGCAGGUUCGUACCCUUCAUCGAUGCAAAGUUCGUGGAGAGCACAACGCUGCCGCCUAUGGCUCUCGACCUUGAGCGCUUUUUGAAGGAUGAAGGGCUCUUUGCUCCCAGGCUUUCUGCUGAGGAUUUUGAGCUAUACAAGUAUCAGAUUGCUUUGGAGGGAAACAGUGCAACUGACCGCUUGGCAUGGCAGCUUUUCAUGGGAUCUGUCGUCCUUAUCCCAGACCAGCCGUGGCAAGUGAUGGGACCUCUGAGAAUGUUGCAGCCAUGGGUUCACUUCGUCCCACUGUCGUGA